AUGGCUGAGGAUUCUAAAGUUGAACCUGACAAUUCGGAAGAUGAGGAAUCGUUGAGCGAGUUUAAUUUAGGUGGGAAUUGGGUGACUGGAGCUGAUUUAUUGUUGUAGAUGAGCUGGGUAAACGCUGUGAUGAUGUUCUCCGGAUAUUCGAUCAAAACCAAAAGAACUCCAUCGAUAUAAAUGAAGUGGGCACUGUAUUACGAUAUCUCAGGGUCAACGCGACUCAGAAUCAGCUGAAAGACAUCUUGUCUCAACUAACGAAACAGUCGGACAAUCGAAUUCUCAUUUCAGAACUAAAGCCGCAACUGAUCUCGUGUAUGAAAGACGAGACGAUGAAACCACCGUCUGAAUCUCAACUUCAGGCUGCAUUCAGAACCAUUGAAGAGCGGUUCGACCCGCUGACCAAAGAUAAACUGGAGAAAUGUCUCACGACUCGCGGUAUGUAAUAAUUUUCAAAAUGUCAUCCUAAAUACGCAGCAAACUUUGCAGGGGAACCUCUGAGCCAGAACGAAGUUGCAGAUAUGAUGAAUCAUCUCACGGUGAAGAAGAGCGGUGUGAUUGAUUGGACCGCCUACAUUAGAGACAUUUUGUAUUCCAAUACCAAAUAA